AUGGACAGUGACACCACUCAAUAUGGCGAGACAAAGGCAACUUUUCAAAACAAGGAGAACAGGCUAAAUGGCCUUACUACAGUCCCGACAUCGGUAACACUGUCGUCUGAACAGUUUGAAAGGCUUUACUUGACUCCUAUGACGGUUCGCCAAUCACCUCUAGCCAAGAAGGUUGGAAAUCCGACACCAUUAGCACUUGGAGGUUUUGUCAUCACCACUACCCCCCUUUCAUGCUGCUUGAUGGCAUGGAGAGGAGCUAGUGGAAACGGAAUUGCUUUUAUUGGACCUAUUAUCUUCCUCGGUGGGCUUUUGUUGCUCAUUACCAGUAUUCUUGAGUUCAUUAUUGGAAACACCUUUCCCUGUGUUGUGUUUGGUACUAUUGGCGGGUUUUGGUUCGCCUUUGCGGCCACGAUGAUUCCCGCUUUCAAUGCAGCCGCACCUUAUUCCUCUUCGGGCACCGAUACAGCUGCUGGGCUAGCUAGUGAAGCCUUUAUGAAUACCUAUGCGUUUCUAUUCAUAACCAUGGCUGUUCUGAUGCUAGUCUUCCUGGUUUGUUCCACGCGCAUCAAUGUGGUAUACACUGCAAUUUUCGUGUUUCUGCUCUUGGUUUUCCUAUUUCUGUCUGCGGCCUAUUGGCAACUCGGCCAAGGGAACGCAACUAUUGGUAAUCGAUGUGUAAAAGGUGCCGGAGCGUCACUAUUCGUUGCUAGUUUACUCGGAUUCUACCUGUUGAUUGUGCAAUUGUUGGAGUCCGUCGGGUUUCCAAGCUUUUUGCCGGUUGGAGACUUGUCGAAAUAUUGGACUCGCAAUCAAGACAAAGGAGAGCAAGACGAUGUUGAACGGCCAGCCCGCCAGUAG